AUUAAUACUGAUUCUGACUCUGAAAUACUUCUCAAUAUAUUCGCUCAAGAAUUACAAAAACAAGAUAUUUACCGUGUUAGCCCUGAUGAUAUCUUUAAAGCAGUCAGGGGCGUUCAUAAACGUUGUGUCGGAGCCUAUGCUGCCACAGCAAUGAUAACCCGUGAUGGUAUUGUCGGCUUUCGUGAUCCUAACGGUAUCCGCCCCUUGGUUUAUGGUAUGCGUAAAACCGAGACGGGCAUCAGCCAUAUGCUGGCCUCUGAAAGUGUUUCCUUAGUGACUCAAGGCUUCGAGAUUGUUAGGGAUAUAAAGCCAGGCGAGGCUAUUUAUAUCACGCUAAGUGGUGAAGUUUACACGCAACAAUGCGCUGAUAACCCCAAAUAUAAUAGUUGUAUCUUCGAAUACGUCUACUUUGCGCGUCCAGACUCCAUCAUUGACGAUGUUUUU